UCUCGUUGUUUAACAUAAAAAUUUGAAUUAGUGUUUUCAUUUGAAAGAAAAAUAUAUAUAUAAUUCAUUCAUUAUGUAUUGUAAAAGCUUUUUAUUCUUAACAGCAACAUUUUUCGUCAUGCUGUCGGCAACUACAGGGUCUCGUGAAGAUUUAAGAGUACCCACACUCCCAACCCCAGAAGGACCACCACCCAUAACUGAUGCGCGAGUUCCCUUAAGACCACGGCACUUAAAUGUUAUAGAAGUAUACGGACCAUUACCAUCUAUCCCAACACCAACACCAGCACCAGCACAACCACAACGGCCACCAUCACCACCCUACGAUGUGCAAGAAGUACCCGUAGUACAUCCACCAUUCAGCAGUUGAGAAAUAACUAAAGACGGUUCGCGCUAAUGCCAAAUUAAUGUGUACAAACAUAGCUAAAAUAUCCAAGAUCAAUGCCACAUCAUGAAAAUAAAAAUAUUUACUAAGUAAUUUUUAAAAUGUAUAAUAAUAUCAUCAUUGUCUAUCAUUAUAUUGUAAUAAUACAAUAAUAUUUAAUAAUACCUAUUUUUUUAAUCAACUAUUCCAAAACAAAUUUUGUUAAUAAAUAAUAUAAUACU